UGUUUUGAUAGGAGGCAAUAAGAUAUGGAAUACGAUGGUUUCGACUUUGCUGAUGAGAUGGGUGAUUUACAGGACGAGUAUUUCGACCCAGAUAUGCUGCAAAAUCUUCCACCGGAAGUACUAGAUCAAAUUACCCCCGAGUUUCUAGAGGAGCUGCAACAAAAAAAUCCAGCUCUCUUUGAGCAGCUUAUGCAAUCCAGUAGCGAUUUUACAGACGAUAGUGUUUUUGUAUUAUUUGACAAUUUCCCGGGGGUUAUAGACCAAUGUUUGAUUCCAGUUUUCACAAGCUCUGUUCAAAUUAUCAUGCCAAUUUUACUAGUCUCCGUUUUAUGCAGAAUCAUAUCUCAAUGUCUAUCUUCUAAGUUGCUAAUCAACAUUGCGAAUAUCUUGGGAGGCGCUUUUGUCUUGUAUUACUACACCAGUGCUGCUGUGUUUUACAUGUUGUUGGCCAUUCUGGGAUAUAUAUCAUUUUGCUUACUCUUUGAAAUUACAGGCAGCUCUAAACGGUCAUACGGUGUCACAACGAUUUACUUCAUGUUUCUAACUUACUGCAAUUUUUUCGUGGACGCGAAAAUUUGGCACCAAGUUAUGGGCCCACAAAUUGUUUUAUGCAUGAAAAUCUUGUCUCUGGAAUUUGACCUGGCGUCUGGCCGAAUAGAAUCAGAGCCGACAAUGGACACAGUUUUGGGCUAUUUGUUCCACCCUGCGACCGUGCUUUUUGGACCGUGGGUCAAUUUUAAAAUGUACCUGAACACAUUCAUCAAGCCACCAGUAUCCAUUUGGUCACGCAUGAUCGCGCAUUCUAUUAAAUUUGCUUUCUUAUCUUCUUUUUCUCUUCUAUACUCGAGUUGCUUCACGAACUUUGUUAUCGGAGGAGGUGCUCAUAAAUGGCUGAAAGCAUAUUUUGUUGCCCAAAGUUUCAGAACCAGUCAUUAUUUCGUGCAAUAUAUUUCAUCGAUGUCGGCUACCGUUUCUGGAUUCACAGUUACGGACGAGCGAGAAAGUUCGAACUCGGAUGAAGUUAAAGUUCAAAGGAUAAAAUACAAGCAAGUGCACUAUGUGGACCCUUUACGUGUUGAGUUCCCAAGAUCAAUGGGAUUGCUUGCUAAUAACUGGAAUCUUUACAUGAAUGAUUGGUUCAAAACUUACGUUUUUCACGAGCUGAAACAUUACGGUGUUUUCAAAGCAGUGUUCGGUGUGUACAUGGUGUCAUCGUUGCUUCACGGAGCGAAGUUUCAAGUUUCGGCCGUGUUGUUGACAAUCGGUGUUAUCAGCUACGCUGAAUAUCUCCUGCGAGCCAGACUUGCCAGAACUUACUCGGCUUGCAUACUAAGCACGGCGUGUGCCAAAAAUUGCCAUCAUCGUUACAAGUCGCGAAACUUCUUCGUGAUCGUUGCAAAUCUGUGCUUCACACUUCUAAAUGUGUUUCACUUGAUCUAUCUCGGUGCUCCUUUUGAUAAUAGUGAUGUUUCUAAUAUUGGUUAUAACUUUGAUCAUACUGUUUCAGUAUGGGCUAAUUUGGGUUUCGCGUCUCACUAUGCGCUGAUCUUUACGUUUGCUAUUGGAAAAGUAAUUUAGUUAUCUUUAAAUUUUUAACUGGGAUGUAAGAAGCUUCACACAGUGUUU